CCUGCGACCGGGAGGGAGGCCGCGCGCGGGGCAGUGGAGGGGCGGGCGCCGACGGACGCUCCAAGCAGCUGUUUCUGAUCGCGGCCCAGGGUCUCGCUGAUUGGGGCGGAAUAGCUUAGUGCCCACGGACCACACACGUCGGGGAGUGAUGUCGAUACUCGAGAUGCGCCGGUGAUAGGACGCGUAGUGACUUCAUCGAUUCCAGCUCGCAACCAGAGUUAAGAACAGACAUGUGCGCCGGAAUGAUGUGCAUCAAAUAUGUCCUCUGCAUCUUCAACUUCGUUUUCUUUUCGGCCGGCGCCGCAGUUCUCACAGUGGGAAUAUGGCUGUCCGUGGACAAGACGUCGUUCACCAUGCUGACCAGGCUGAGCCAGGACGAGAGUUUAGCGCUAUUCAACGACGCGUCGGUAAUCGAGCAGGGGGCCUACAUCCUGAUCGCCGCCGGCGCCCUCAUCUUCAUCAUCGGUUUCUUGGGGUGCUGCGGUUCCAUCAAGGAGUCUCGACUCAUGCUUGGCCUGUAUGGAGGACUGAUGUUGAUUGUGUUCCUGCUGUAUAUCGCUGCGGCUAUACUGGCCACCAUAUAUAAGCAGGAGGCGGAGAAAGGUCUCAAGUCCUUUCUUCAGUUCACCAUCAGUGAAUGGUACUCCACCAAGGACAAGCCCAACACGAUUACCGUUUCCUGGAACGUCGCCAUGGCUCAGCUGUCGUGUUGCGGAGCCAACAACUACACAGACUUCCGGAAGGCUGAGAGGUGGACGAGCAGCAAGCCGGCCGACCAGGUGCUGCCGGCUGCCUGCUGCCAGCUGAUCGUCUCCAGCGACAACAUGUACCAGCCGCGCGACCCAAAAUGUCUGACCGACCCCUCGGCCGACAACUCGUUCUACCUCGUCGGCUGCUACCACGCCAUUAAGCGGCACGUGGUGAAGAACGUCGACAUCGUGAUUGGCAUAUGCGUGGCGCUUGGCGCUCUCCAGCUGAUCGUCAUCAUCCUCUCGUUCUGCCUGUGCAAGAUGAUAGACCUGCGGUCAGACAAGUUCUGAUGCUGUCUGAUCGGGUGAGGGGCCGGCCGCCGGCCGCGCGGCCCCUCGCGUCGCCCCUCCCACCGGGGUUAGCAGCUGGCAAGGCCGUGAUGACGGCGCACGGACGCGGCGGACGUCGCCGGCCACCCUGGGACCGUGUUUGACCGGACGCCAACUCCGCCGGUGUCAGGAUGACGACCUUCGAGCGGACCCCCAGUCCAGGGGCCCAGGCGGCCACCAUGUCAGGGCCACCUGGGAGUGACAGAUGACCUCGGGUCAGAGCGAGCGGCGCGGCGUAACAUCGGGUCAGUGCAGGCCAAGCGGCGUGACCUCGGGUGAGAGCGGGUGGCGCGGCGUGACCUCGGGUCAGUGCGGGCCGAGCGGCGUGACCUCGGGUUAGUGCGGGCCGAGCGGCGU